UUGAAUUGAAGAUAAAACAACGUGGGACGAAAAGGUAAUUUCACUUUUGGUAGUUUUUAUUGCUAUUAUGGACUUUGUAAGGAGUGUGAUAAUUGUUACAAUUAUAGGGUGUCUAAUAUAUAUGAAAUACCUUUAUAGCACUGGUAUUGUAAGGUGAUAGCAUUAGGAGAAAGCGUGCAACGAUUUUCAGUUGGCGUUCUUUUCUGUGUCAAUUUUCAGUUUUGAAGUAUUAUAAAGUUAGCACUUCACUAUGAAUCGAUGAUGUUACACUUGUGUGUAUAAGUCAGCCCGGAAAUCGAGUAGCUAGUAGCACGUACAAUUAAUCCACCACUCGUGUUAUAUUACGACCCAAAAAAGGGUUUGUUAGUGGCAUCCCAUUAAACCUAAACUGAAUUAGUCAUCCACUUUCGGAGUAACCAAAAUCUUAGGUGCGUUAUCUAAAUCCAAUUCCAAUUUGCAUGUACCAAAUUCUCUUAUGUCACCAUUUACAAUAUAUAAUAUAACCGCUUUCCCGUACACUUUUCCAUCAAAUAUAAAGGGCUCUGCCUAACCAAUGAAAUAUAAACUAUCUUAUAAGUUUUCCAUUUUUGUUAUAUAAGCGGUACUAGCACGUAUAAUACAAAUAUACACAUAAAACGAACCCCUUUUUUUUCGUUUUAAUUAUCGUUUCCAUGGCGGAGCAAGUGCCUGAAACUCCGAUCGACAUUGUUAUUCACAAUCCACAAAAUAAUAUUAUUGCGAAAGAAGCAUCUCCGGUUUCUUCUAUCCUUUUAACCAGAUUCCAUGCAGGCUAUUUCAGAAUAUGCAUCUCUUUCGGUAGCCAGGUUUUGCUGUGGACAACACUAAGCAAACACGUAAACGAAACUCAAACUAUCAAUCGAUUAUUCCACACCCACAAUACUGAUAUUCCCUCUGUAGCUUUCCUUCUCCUCUGGUGGCUCUCCCUCUGCACACUGGUUCUACUCUCCUUUCUCUAUGCGUUGAAGUGCUUAUUCCACUUCACGUUGGUGAAAAAAGAGUUCUCGCACCAUGUGGGCGUAAACUUCCUCUUCAUUCCGUGGAUUUCGUGGCUGCUUCUGCUUCAAGCAAUGCCCUUUGGUGGGCGCUUGAUGAAUUUCAGCCACGAGAAUCUUUGGUGGAUUUUCGUGGUUCCGAUUUUGGUUCUUGAUAUUAAAAUUUACGGGCAGUGGUUUACCACCGAGAAAAGGUUCUUGUCCGUGGCUGCAAAUCCAACCAGCCAAUUGUCGGUGAUGGGUAACUUUGUUGGCUCGUGGGCUGCCGCCCGCAUGGGGUGGAAGGAGAGCGCCGUCAGCUUAUUUGCACUCGGUUUGACUCACUACUUGGUGGUUUUCAUCACACUCUAUCAGCGUUUAUCCGGUGCAAAUCGUUUUCCGGCGAUCCUCCGCCCCGACUUCUUCUUGUUCGUGGCGGCACCGAGUGCCGCCAGUUUAGGGUGGAGCUCCAUCACCGGCGAUUUUGCGGUUCCAUGCAAAAUGCUGUAUUUUCUGUCUCUCUUCCUUUUCACAUCAUUGAUUUGUCGACCGGGGAUGUUCAAGAAAUCGAUAAAGAGGUUUGAUAUAGCGUGGUGGGGUUAUUCAUUCCCCCUAACAUUUCUCGCUCUGGCCUCGGCAGAAUAUGCACAAGAGGUGAAGGGGGGUGUUGUACCUAUGCUGAUGACGCUUGUACUAUCUGCGUUAUCGGUGCUCGUUUUUCUUGGAAUGAUGGUUUUUACGGCUGCUAAUACCGACAUGCUUCUGCCGGAAAACGACCCUUCUCUGAGUUUUGCUGGAGCUACUGUUCCGAAUAAUUAAAUCUUGAAAAUAUUAACAAACAAAAUACAGUACUGUAAAGCUGCUUUUGCAUUUGCACUAAUUACUGCAACCCCCUUCUACUGCUGAUAAAGGCCAAUUAGUGAUUGCUUUUACGAAUGAAUCAGCCACUGAAUCGAAAACUGGAAUAAGUUGAUGAUCAUAUAGACUAUCUUGUCUGAGUUAGAAAAGCGAACAGAAUCGAAUUUCAUUUUUCUAAUUUUUUUUUUCUCUCCGAAAAACGGAUGGUUAUCCUCGAAACUACUAUGGUGUAACUACAAAAAA